GAAGACGGCAGUGAGAAUAGAAGAAGGAGAAGAAGAAGAAGAUGAGCAGUGGAGUGGUGUGUGUGACAGGGGCAUCAGGAUACAUAGCUUCAUGGCUUGUGAAGCUUCUUCUCCAACGUGGUUACACUGUCAAAGCCUCUGUUCGUGAUCCAAAUGAUCCAAAGAAGACAGAACAUUUACUUUCCCUUGAUGGAGCAAAAGAGAGACUUCACUUGUUCAAAGCAAACUUACUGGAAGAAGGUUCCUUUGAUUCUAUAGUGGAAGGGUGUGUUGGUGUUUUUCAUACAGCCUCACCCUUUUUUCAUGCAGUCACAGAUCCACAGGCAGAAUUAAUUGAUCCAGCUGUGAAGGGAACACUUAAUGUCCUUGGUUCAUGUGCGAAAGCCUCAUCUGUGAAGAGAGUGGUUGUAACAUCUUCUAUAGCUGCAGUUGCAUACAAUAGAAACCCCAGAACUCCUGAUGUUGUGGUUGAUGAGACUUGGUUUACAGAUCCAGACUUUUGUAAGGGGCUACAGCUUUGGUAUGUGGUCUCAAAGACUUUGGCUGAGGACGCUGCAUGGAAAUUUGCAAAAGAGAAGGGUAUUGACAUGGUCACUAUAAACCCAGCAAUGGUGAUUGGUCCUCUUUUACAGCCAACACUUAAUACAAGUGCUGCUGCAAUUUUGAAUCUCAUAAAUGGAGGACAAACAUUUCCCAAUGCAUCCUUUGGAUGGGUUAAUGUUAAAGAUGUAGCUGAGGCACAUAUUCGAGCAUUUGAGGUUCCUUCAGCUAGUGGAAGAUAUUGUUUGGUUGAGAGAGUUGUCCACUACUCAGAGCUUGUGAAGAUUUUGAAAGAGCUUUUUCCUGAUUUUCAACUCCCUGAGAAGUGUGCAGAUGACAAACCUUUUGUGCCGACCUUCCAGGUGUCCAAAGAAAAGGCAAAAAGCUUGGGCAUUGAGUUCAUUCCCUUGGAGGUGAGCCUCAAGGAAACUGUGGAAAGCUUGAAGGAGAAGGAGUUUUUCAGUCCCUGAGUCUUGAUGGUUAGUCUUUUAAAUAAAUAAUGGUGGUGACCUAUAUCAUCCUCAUUGGUGUCCCUCAGUUUUGGAUGCAUCAUCCUAUUGAAAUAUUCUAGUAUGCCGGAACCAUUUCCGGAAAAUGGGAACUCAUUUCCAUGGUAUUGUUACAGUGACUAAUUUUUCUGCUUUCUGGUCUAAUUUUUCCUGUACUUGGCAUUUUAUAUUGCUUCAUCUAUGAUGAAUAAUGAAU